AUGGCGUCCUCGAUGGACUUAGACGCCCCGAUCUCCAUAGCACCCUCAGCAGGGACCGCCCAGACCGGAGCAACUAUUCUCUGCUGCAACUGUGGAGCGCCGAUCGACGGCACGACAGCAGCAGGCGCCCUGUGCUACGACUGCGUGAAGCUCACUGUCGAUAUUUCCCAGGGAAUACAACGAGAAGCCGUACUGAACUUUUGCCGAGAUUGCGACCGCUGGCUUUUGCCCCCAAGCAGUUGGGUGGCAGCAGCACCCGAGUCGAGAGAGCUGCUUGCUCUUUGCUUGAAGAAACUGAAGGGACUACACAAGAUACGAAUAGUAGACGCAAGCUUUGUUUGGACAGAGCCGCAUUCGAGACGUGUCAAGGUGAAGCUCACGGUACAAGACUCCGUGUCUGAUGGCGUUUUGCUACAGCAAAGUUUCGAGGUUGUCUAUAUUGUCGCAUACCAACAGUGCCCAGAGUGUGCCAAGUCCUACACCGCAAACGUGUGGAGGGCAAGUGUACAGGUCCGGCAAAAGGUCCUGCACAAGAGGACAUUCUUGUUCCUCGAACAACUAAUUUUGAAGCAUGGUGCUCACCGCGAGACACUGAACAUCAAGGAAGCCAAGGAUGGAAUCGACUUCUUCUUUUCGGCGAGGAACCAGGCGGAAAAGUUCGUGGACUUUUUGACAUCAGUUGUGCCUGUCAAGGUGAAGAAGUCGCAAGAGCUUAUUUCUCAAGAUAUUCACACCUCAGUCAAGUCAUAUAAGUUUACAUACUCGGUGGAACUCGUACCCAUCUGCAAGGACGAUCUAGUGGCACUACCCAUCAAACUUGCAAAGCAGCUUGGCAACAUUUCACCCCUGGUCUUGUGCCACAGAAUUGGCACGUCUGUCAACUUUCUCGAUCCGAACACCCUACAAACAGCCGACCUUAGUUCGCCGAUAUACUGGAGGGCACCUUUUGUUUCACUCGCAGAUGCCAAGGAGCUGGUUGAGUUUAUUGUACUAGACUCGGAGCCCACAGGCCCAAGCAAAGGCCGAUGGUUGGUGUCAGAGGUAACGGUGGCUCGUGCCGUCGAUUUGGGUGUCAACGAUAAGACAUACUCAGUCCGGACACAUCUGGGUCAUUUCUUGAAUGCCGGAGACUCAGUGAUGGGGUAUAUGCUAACUGGAACAAAUUUCAACAAUCCACAAUUUGAAGACAUCGAGGAGUCUAAUACGUACGGUUCACGAAUUCCGGAUGUGGUGCUUGUCAAGAAGCACUGGCCACGGAAGAACAAGCACAAGAACAGGAAGUGGCGCCUCAAGCGCAUGGCAAAGGAUGAAGGCGAGCUCCUGCCAAAGAAGUCGGACCAAGAGCGGAUGGAUAACGAGUACGAAUUGUUCUUACGCGAUGUGGAGGAGGACGAGGAGCUCCGCGCGGCCUUGGCCCUUUACAAGAACACGAACAAGAAGAAGUUACAACAACAAGCUGCUGGGAUGGAUGUGGACAAUAUGAGCAUUGCGGGAACUGAAGUCACAGAAGAUGAUGACGGUCCAAAGGUCAAUAUGGACGAGUUGCUGGAAGACUUUGAUGAGCUGACUGUUGAGGACCAUGAGAUGGAAUAA